GAAAUAGGUCUUUUCUCAACCCCCGUAUACACAACAGGUGAUUGGCCCGACAUUGUCAAGGACACUCUCCCCUGUCGAGUAUCUCCCCCGCUUCACCGAUGAGGAAAAGAGCGAUAUCCUCGGCUCCGCAGAUUUCUUUGCCAUUGACCCUUACUUCUCGCUAUGGAUGAAGGCUCCAGAAGGAGGAAUCGACGCUACGUUUCCGAGUUCGGCUCCAUGGAACCUUUCGCCUAUGCGAAUGCAGAUAUCUCGCAAAUAAAGGAGGACGCGGGCCGAACGAAUUUCCUCCUCACGUACCUCGGCGAAAUGUUGCUGUCCAUACACGAAGAUGAUGUCCCGAUACAGGGCGCAUUCACUUGGGCCAUGCUUGACAAUGCGGAAUGGACAGUUGGAACAUCUAUGAGAUAUGGUAUUCAGCACGUCGAUUAUGCGACUCUGGAGCGGACAUACAAGCGUUCGGCGCUAUCCUUGGCGGAAUUCUUUGGGUCGCACCUUCAG